GUCUCGCUACCGAAGAAGGUGUUCUCUUUGGAAAGAAGUGUCUCACCUACCAUUGAUAUAUACUAUUUGACUAUUGGUCUGUUCCUUUCGGCUGCACUGAACUGAUGCAAUAAAUUAGAAUAAGACAAAUAUAUUUUUUCUCACUCUAACCUAUUGCACCAGUUCAGCGUGCAGUCGAAAAGAACAGACCAUAUAUUUCUGAAGAUUCUCGAAAGUUCCGGGACGUUUGCGCUGAUAUUUAAACGGUCUUAGCAUUGAGAUAUCUAUAGUAUCAUGAAGAUUCUUUUAAAAAGCCGGCAACUAUAUCUUUACUCAAUGCGUUAUUUAAAUCUACAAUAUAAUAACCGAAACAAGAUCUCGGUAAAACGAACAGUCAGCGAAAUUUGUAAUGUAGUUGCCGUCCGUCAACCAACGCUGGCAGAAGUCACAAAGCUACUAUAAUUUGAUUUUAUGUAAUUUGUCAUGGCAAAUAUUCAAGACGAAGGGUCGACUGAUCAAGGGAUGACGCAAGAGGACGCAAAUGAAACGGAUCAUCCUUGGAGUACCCUGGAAACAAUCACUACAUUUGACCGGGGUAACGAUGUAACGCCAACACUCUGUCUAGAUAAUAUUAGGGAAAGUCAAGACAAUAAACAAGUCGUACAAGUAACACCUCCCAAUAGCAUGCUAAUUAUAUCACUCAUACAACAAUUAUGUACCAUGAUCGAAGAAGAUACUGUACGCAGAAAUCAAUUGUAUUAUGCUCUCUGUGAUAAAAUGCAUGAAUUACAAUUAAUUGAUCAUUCUUACAAUAUGAUGGAGUUGGAGUCACUGAGGGGACAAUAUCAACGUGCUCUUCAUCAUUUAUUCAUGAUUGCACGUGCCUCAACUGGGAACGAAAAUAUUUUACGUACACCUAGCUAUCUAACAUCGGAAUUUUCUCGUUAUCUUCGGGAAUUUCAAGAAAUUGAAUUUAUUGCCAGUGGAGGAUUUGGUCAAGUCUUUAAAGCCCUACAUCGUCUUGAUGGUAUCGAAUAUGCAAUCAAGAAGAUCGUUGUACUUUCAAGUCGUUUGAAAACUAUAACGCACUAUCUAGAGGAAGUAAAAACUUUGGCUAAGUUGGAUCAUCCAAAUAUUGUUCGAUACAAAGUAGCUUGGAUUGAGCCGUCGUUGCCAUCAUCCUUUGUUUCAAGUAUGCCAUCAACAGAACAAAGAUCAUAUAUAUCGGAAUACAUGAAAGAUUCAAAAUCGGAAAAGUUGCAGUCUGACGAAACUUCAUCUAAUAAUAAUACAAGUAAAUCAAAUUUUAAUAAAGCAAAAGACAGUAGCAGGCAAGAUAUACUUUUUGAUGAUGAAGCAAGCUACACAUCUACUAAACUGAGCAGCGAACAGAAAAAUAAAGUGAGUGAUAGUGCUAGUAGACACGAUACUAUUAUUGGUAGAUUCCAUGAACUCAAUUCGUUGACUAAUAUGGGAAAACGGAUAACAGAGAAAAGUAUUACGCAAGAAUGUGCGGACGAGAAUUCGUACAUAGUAUCUUUCAGAAAUAGCAAAAAUAGUGAAACUGAAGGUCAAGCAAAGUAUUCUAAUGCUACAUAUUCUAGUGAUUCACAUGAAGAAUCCUCUAACCAUCGAGAAGUGUGCACGUACUUUUCCACCUCUAACGGAAAUCAACAGUACAUGACAUUGUACAUUCAAAUGGCUCUAUAUGAACAAACACUCAAACAAUGGAUGGACGAGAGAACCAAUGUAACACCUCUCCCAGUAGUUAGGACAGUGCUCAAACAAAUUGUUUGUGGUCUCGACUAUAUUCACUCACAAGGAAUCAUACAUCACGAUAUAAAGCCAAGCAACAUAUUCAUUAUGACAACAGGAUCACUUCAGAUUCAUUUAGGUGACUUUGGCUUAGCUUGUUCAUUACACAAAAAAAAUCAUGAUUCAGUGAUUGGCACUCAAAUGUAUGCGGCACCGGAACAACUGCAGGGAAAAUGUGACACGAAAAGUGACAUAUACAGUACAGGAAUCAUUCUUACGGAGCUGUUGAUUCUAACGCAAACGCAAAUGGAAUUAAUUUCUAUAAUCAAUUCCUUAAAGCAAGGCGACAUACCUGAAGAUCUCAGCACUGAACGACAUAAAUGGGCACAACUGAUUAUGCAAUUGAUAAAAGAGGAUCCCGUCAAACGACCGUCUGCGAAACAGCUUCUUCAAGAUUUACACGAAGAAAAGGAUAUCACGAUAACUGAUUUGAAAAAUAAUCUUCUUGACAAAGAUAACACAAUUCAAGAAUUACAGAAAGAAAUGGCAUUACUGAAAGAAAAAGUUAGAAAACUGGAAAUAUCGUCAAAAAGUACAGUACAAUAGACUUAUGUUAAAAUAGUUAGUAAACAUUUUAUCAUAUGACAUUGAUAAGACUGUAACAUAAAAUUUCGUCCUUCGAGUAAUCUCUAUACGAUAAGACAUACUAUCGAUAUCAUAAAUUCCUAUGUAUAUAUAUAACAAUUUUAAUUGUAUAUAAUAUAGAAUACAAUCAAACUGUGUGAUCAGAUUGUAUGUGAAAUCAGACUAAAAUAAUAUAGUAAUGAAAUAUUAAGAUUAUAUCGAGUAUAAAAGGGCCACAUCAUAAUAUCUCCAAUAAUUUGUAUUAUUAUUUUUUACUAAUUUUUAUUUUUAUCAUUUUACUAUUAUAUUCUUAAUAUAAAUGUUACAUAUAUAUAAUAUUACAAAUGCAAAUGUUUUUUAUUAUAUUUAUUAAAAUAUAUACAAUAAUCUAUAUUAUAUUUUUAACUCACUAAC